ACUGAACUCUUUCAACUUAGAACCGUUCUACGUGUUGUUCUUUCCCUCUCUUUGCUCCUUAAUCUUCGUUUUUCUUUCUUUCUUUCUUUAUCUUCUUCUCAAUUUUCAUUACACUUUCUUUUCUCUCAGUUUUUCUCUCAAAAGCUAUUUUCUCUUUAUCAUAGUUUACAUAUUAUAUCAUCAUAUCAUAUCAUAAUAUCCUGUCAUAGAAUAUCACAAUGUGUGGUAUACUUGCUGUUCUUGGUUGCUCUGAUUCCUCUCAAACCAAAAGGGUUCGCGUGCUUGAGCUUUCUCGCAGGUUGAAGCAUCGUGGCCCUGACUGGAGUGGGCUUCACCAACAUGGUGAUUGCUAUUUGGCUCAUCAACGGUUAGCCAUAGUUGAUCCUGCUUCUGGUGAUCAACCCCUCUUCAAUGAAGACAAAUCUGUCAUUGUUACGGUGAAUGGAGAGAUCUACAAUCAUGAAGAGCUCAGGAAACAAUUGCCUGAUCACAAGUUCCGUACAGGAAGUGACUGUGAUGUUAUUGCCCAUCUGUAUGAGGAGUACGGAGAAAACUUUGUGGACAUGCUGGAUGGUAUAUUUUCAUUUGUUCUGCUGGACACCCGCGACAACAGUUUUAUAGUGGCACGGGACGCUAUAGGGGUCACUUCCUUGUACAUUGGUUGGGGACUAGAUGGUUCUGUUUGGAUUUCAUCAGAAAUGAAGGGGCUGAAUGAUGAUUGUGAACAUUUUGAGUCUUUUCCACCUGGUCACUUAUACUCUAGCAAAGAAAGAGGGUUCCGUAGAUGGUACAAUCCUCCAUGGUUCUCUGAGGCUAUUCCAUCUGCUCCUUAUGAUCCUCUUGCUUUGAGGCAUGCCUUUGAGAAGGCUGUCAUAAAGAGGUUGAUGACUGAUGUGCCCUUUGGUGUUUUACUCUCGGGAGGUUUGGACUCUUCCUUGGUUGCAUCUGUCACUGCCCGCUACUUGGCAGGAACAAAGGCUGCCAAGCAAUGGGGAGCAAAACUACACUCAUUCUGUGUAGGUCUUGAGGGUGCACCAGACCUGAAGGCUGCAAAAGAAGUGGCAGACUAUAUAGGAACUGUUCAUCAUGAGUUUCACUAUACUGUUCAGGAUGGGUUAGAUGCCAUUGAGGAUGUCAUCUAUCACAUUGAAACAUACGAUGUUACGACCAUAAGGGCAAGCAUCCCAAUGUUCCUUAUGUCUCGUAAGAUCAAGUCUCUAGGAGUCAAAAUGGUUCUCUCUGGAGAAGGAUCUGAUGAGGUUUUUGGAGGGUAUUUGUAUUUCCACAAGGCACCAAACAAAGAAGAGUUCCACCAAGAAACAUGCCGCAAGAUUAAGGCUCUCCACAAAUAUGAUUGCUUGAGAGCCAACAAAUCAACCUAUGCUUGGGGUCUAGAAGCUCGAGUACCAUUUUUGGACAAGGAGUUUAUCAGUGUUGCCAUGAACAUUGAUCCUGAGUAUAAAAUGAUAAAACGAGAUGAAGGACGAAUUGAGAAAUGGGUGCUAAGGAGGGCCUUUGAUGAUGAAGAGCAUCCUUACCUGCCAAAGCACAUUUUAUAUAGACAGAAAGAACAAUUCAGUGAUGGAGUUGGCUAUGGUUGGAUUGAUGGCCUUAAAGCCCAUGCUGCAAAACAUGUUACUGACAAAAUGAUGCUCAAUGCUGCUCACAUUUUCCCCUUUAACACUCCCACGACCAAGGAAGCAUACUACUACAGAAUGAUCUUUGAGAGGUUCUUCCCUCAGAACUCAGCCAGGCUCACUGUUCCUGGAGGACCGAGUGUCGCAUGUAGCACAGCGAAAGCAGUUGAAUGGGAUGCUGCCUGGUCCGGCAACCUUGAUCCUUCUGGUAGAGCAGCACUUGGAGUGCAUGCAUCAGCUUAUGAUAACCAGGUCAACUCAGUGACCAAAGCUGUAGAACCAGAGAAGAUAAUACCCAAGAUGGAAGUUUCUCCGCUAGGACUUGCCAUCCAAAGCUAAUAUGAGCCAUAGCAAGGACUAGUUGCAUAGAACCUAGAAAUAUUACACACUAGUCCAACAUAAAUGAAAAUUUUGCCUGAUGUGUAUUUUAUCCAGGCAAUGCAAUAUAUAGAUAAGGCUCUGUACCAAGCUGUUUUAAGUGUUGUGCUAUCCACAUCUUGCCUUUAUUUUGAAUUUCUGUGACUUGAGCACUAUCAUAAUGUAUUGUGUUUACACAAAAAAGUUGUUGCCUUGUGUUUCUUUUAUCAGUUAACUUUUAAUGCAAGCUCCACCAAGUAAAUGCUGUA